AUGGAAAACGGGACUACUGUCCGUGAAUUUACCCUGGAGGGAUUUCCUGCUGCCCAGCACCUGGGCAGACUUCUCUUCUCUCUGAACCUGCUGGCAUACCUGGCCUCCAUCACCGGAAAUGUUUUCAUUGUCUCCAUUGUCUGCAUCAGCGCCCGGCUGAAAAGCCCCAUGUACUUUUUCCUCGGUGUUUUCUCCUUUGGGGAGUCUUGUUUUACGAGCGCUGUUAUUCCCAAGUUGCUGGCUAUAUUUCUUUUAGGGAAACAAACAAUUUCCUUUGUUGCCUGUUUGAUACAAGCCUUUGUCACUCUAUUUAUCGGGGCAUUCGGUUUUCUUCUCAUAGCUCUGAUGUCAGUGGACAGGUGUGUGGCUAUUUGCAAGCCUCUGCAUUAUCCCACCAUCAUGGACCUGAGGACCUGCAUCCUCCUAAUCAUGGCCUGUCUUGCUGUGACCUUCACCCUGAUCAUGUGGCUAGUCGUGAAGGUAUCACGGUUAUCCUUCUGCGGCCCCCACGUCAUCCCACACUUCUUCUGUGACAUUAGCCCUCUGAUCCACCUCUCCUGCUCUGACACCAGAUCUGCUGAAGCUCUGACGUUUGCCCUUGCUUUGAUUAUCCUUCUGUCAUCCCUCAUCAUAACCACCAUUGCAUAUAGCAGCAUAGUAGUCACAAUUGUGCGUCUCCCUUCGGCCAAGGAGAGACAGAAAGCUUUCUCCACCUGCUCAUCCCACCUCAUCGUCCUCUCUCUGAUGUACGGCAGCUGUGUGUUUAUAUAUGUGAAACCAAGGCAAAUGAGCAGGCUUGAAUCCAACAGAGAGGCUGCUCUUGUGAACACAGUAGUGACACCUCUUCUGAAUCCCGUCAUCUACACCCUGCGCAACAAGCAGGUCCACCAGGCUCUGAGGGAGACUCUGUGCAGAAUAAAAAUAUCAGGAUAA